GAGCCGGGAGAGAGAAAACUCUGUUACUCACUCCGUCUCCAACUUUGAGAGGAAGUUACCACCUCUUCCCCAGACUCUGCACACACACACACACACACACACACACACACACACAAGCUUAAGCAGACACACACACACACACACACUCUUCAGGACUUGACCACAGCAGCAACAGGGAAUCAACUGAAACAGUCAGGACUGCUCGCAAUGCUGUGUUUCUUUCAAAAUUUGGAGGGAAAGAAGGCUUUGCCUGAAGCUUUCUGUGUGGACUGAACCAUUUCAGAGGGACAUUUCUUGUCAUCACACACCGGGUGGCCAAAUGAACUGUUUAGCCUGAGGACCAAAGAUCACCCGCUCUGAUCCAGCAGCAAGGGAGAGAAGCGUGAUCAUUUUGCAUCCAUUCACCAACUUCUCAUUACACCAUGAGCUGGGACUGAGGACGCACUUCAUAGUUUCAUUUCGUGGUGGGAAGAAAUCAAAGUCAAGAUCACCAUGGAUGUGAAGAAAAAAGAAAUGGACCUCCUGAGCAACACCAUAGCUGCAUAUGCACACAUCAAAGCAAACCCAGAGAGCUUCGGCCUUUACUUUGUGCUCGGAGUGUGCUUCGGCCUGGUGCUGACGCUCUGCCUCCUGGUCAUCCGCAUCUCCUGCAAGCCGCGGACCAACGUGGCCCCCGCCUCCACGCCUGAGAAGAAACACUUAAAGGACAUCAGCGAGGAGGACGAGGAGAGCGAGGACGACGAAGACGACGACGGGGACGAUGUAGAGGCACCUAUCCCUUUGCCCAGCACAGAAAUACCUGUCGGUAAUCACACCAGCCAGUCAAACGGGACGCUGAGUGUGAAUGUGUUUACUUCAGCUGAGGAGCUGGAGCGGGCCCAGCGGCUGGAGGAGAGGGAACGCAUCAUACGUGAGAUCUGGAGGAACGGCCAGCCGGACAUCCUGGGGUCGGGGACGGGGACUAUUGGAAGAGUGCAUUACUACUAAGAUACAUGAGGCUUCAAAGGGAACAAUGUGAGCUCUGUGAAGGACAGACAUGGACCUCUGGGUGGGCCCCGAUGUCCCUGAAGCCUGUGAGACUUGUGAUACAAUGCAACGUCAAGGAAACGGGACACGACAGAGCUGAACUAUGUGAUAUUGCACUUUGUUAUUUUCAACUAACUAUGGAAUUUAAACCAAGAGGUGUCUUAAAGACUGAUUGAUCCAUGUGGAAAAGAUGCAGUAUGAAUGUGGGACACUUGAAGUAUUCAGUGUAUUCAAAUGUAUGGCGCUUAAUAACAAAAAUGCACACAACUGAACAAGGUUUAUGUAUGUAAUAAGUGGAAAAUAGAAGCAUAUAUAGACGAUGUAUGUACUGUAUGUUGCAAUGAAGAUUAUUUGUUUGCAGUGAGGACAUUAUUCUCCUCUAGACUGGUGAGUUUGUGGGGAAAAGAAAACACUCUCAGGAGUAUUGUUAAAGGAAAUUACAUUUGAACAAGCACAUAUCAAUCAGUUUGGGGGUUAGUCAGAUUACACAGUUUAAUGUAAAGACAAUUCAAAUUGGAGUCUUUAAUUUAUGAAAUCCAUGUCUGUGUUUUCAGGGAUAAUUCCACCUAAGGAAAUGACAGAAUUAAAGUAUUACGCUGAAAUCA